AUGAAGCUAAGCGUCCUACUUCGUGUCGCAAUCGUGAGUCUCGCCACGACUCAGGCACGGCAGCUUGAGGUGAACAAAGCUAAGCUCACGUCACUGAACGAGACCCAAGAAGAGCAACAACAAACAUCAACGAGUAAUGCUGGUGAUGCCUCGGAUAGCCUGCUCGGCUCAACGUCAGGGUCGCAUGACUUGGGCGCUUCCAUGAGCGCAAGUGGCUCCUGGGAUGAAGUUUUAGUCGGUGACUCUGAUUUCGACUCCGCUUCAGCAUCGGACGAGUCUGCGACCACCGAGAAGAGCGGUAGCUCGUCGGAAACAUUAAUUGAGUCGUCAUCGGCGUCAUCGGCAGCUUCAGCGCCGACACCUGCACCGACACCAGCUCCUACGCCAACGUCCCCUCCCAUCUCGGUGGAGGAUUCAGUGCAACUAAGUAAAAGUUUCGGUGGCCCUCACGGAAACGAGUUCUCGGAUGAAGUGGCAGCAACUUCGGGACAAACAGUUGCGUCCAUUACCAUCCGGGCAGGUAAGCGUGUCGAUGGCGUUAUCCUCGAUAUCACUGCACCUGUACCAAUGACACUGAACCACGGUGGCGGUGGAGGAAAUCCGAACACUUUAACACUUGCUGCCGGUGAGUAUAUUACGUCCAUGGAAGCUCAUUGGGGGGAGAAGAAAGGUCACACUCGUAUUUUCUACUUGCGGUUCGAGACGAGUGCGGGGAACUCGGUGGCGGGUGGGUCCUGGACUGACAGUAAAGCCACGAUUAAAGCCCCCGAGGGCUUUCAGCUCGGAGGGUUCUUUGGUCGUGACGGCGAUGAAAUCGAUCUUUUGGGUGCAAUUUGGACGAGUAUUGUGCCUAUCACGCCGGCACCAGGGGCACCCACGCCGGCACCGACCCCGUGGGUGGAAAAGAUCAUCGACCACGAUGCGGUGGUGCCGUUCAAACAAACGGAGCCUGUCACGAUUUCGGAAAAAGCUGCCGUGAAGUUUAAACCCCAGCUUCACAUCACCGGCGGGUGUCAUCCGUACCCUGCAGUGAACGCAAUUGGACAGACUAGUGGCGGUCUCAAGACGAGCGGUGCUCCUAGUGCCGGUUGUAAGGGUUCUGGCUGGGGUUCCCAGGUCUACGGACGGUCAACGUGGUACAAUGGCGUCUGGGCCAUCAUGUACUCGUGGUACUUCCCCAAGGACUCGCCAUCUACCGGUCUGGGUCAUCGUCACGACUGGGAACACGUGAUCGUGUGGAUCGAUAACCCCGAGCUCGCUGAGCCAAAGAUCCUUGCUGUUAGUCCUUCAGCACACGGUGGAUACUCAGCGCAAGUUCCUCCGGAUGCCAAUAAAGUGGAGGGCACCAGUGUCAAGGUUAAAUACCUGAGUAAGUGGCCCAUCAACCACGCUCUGGAAAGCACAGGCGAGGGCGGUGACUACCAGGACCUUAUUAUGUGGGGACAGAUGACCGAUGCGGCUCGGGAGGGACUGAGCAGGACAGGCUUCGGUAAAGCGAACGUGCCCAUGAACGACGGCAACUUCGAGUCGAAACUUGGUAGAGCUUGGCCCUUUAAAUGA